GAAGUCUGCAAGUGUUGCAAGCUGUCCAAAUCCACAAUUUAUCUAGUCCACAGGGGGGCUUCAAGCAGACUUUCUGCAGACAGCACCAGACGUCCCUGAUUUAUUAGUCUGAGUGGGCGGAAGUUCGCUGCAGAGAUCAGCCUCUCAUUGGGCGGAACGAGCCACCCGCUGAAGUCCCGCCCUACCACCUCCGGUUGUGUAGCAGUUUUCAACCGUUUUCAACACGUCCUUUACUAACUUUUGCGGUGUUUGAUCUUGCGGGGAUGUAGCCAUUUUUCUGCCAUGGUUCGCGUCCUGUAGGUGAUAUUUUUGUGGGCGUGUUACACCAAAACCUGUUUCCCCCCGGCAAUAUUUUUGCAAGCGCACCGUUGCUGUGGCACCGCCCAGAACGAUUGUGAUUGGUUGAAAGAAGUACAAGCAGCCGGGGUGUUUUUUCCUCCAAUCUCACAGUUAGAGUCGGCCCAGCCAGACCUUUCUUUUCUUGAGAAAGGUCUGGUGAGCGAGACUACUGAUUUAUAUACCCAAAUUUCAUCGCAAUACAGACAUGAUGAUGCAGUUUUUUGCCUGCAGACUGAAGAAGUAGUACAGUUAAUGCUUUGAUUAAUUAACUCCAUCAUAAUAUGAAUGGAUUUUAGCAUGUAACUACAGAUUAUUGAUGGACAUUUUGCAGUCCAAGUGCGUCUGGCAUUCCAAUAUGAUGCAUUAUGUAUUAUCCGUCCAUAAAGGAAUGCAUUAAUCAAAGAAGUUGGAAAAAGUGUCGACCACAUAAAGUGACAGUAUUUGACUGUUGUUAAUGUGACAAGCUGCUUUUUGCUUCAUGAUCACAGACUUGAACCCAUCCUGUUACAUAUUAAUGUGCAGGAGAGUUAAGCUGUGUGAAGGAAUGUGCGCAUCCUUCUGUUGACGCGUCUCUAAGGUUACUGAGAGCAGAGCCGCACACUGGCAGCCUGUAAUUCAGCAUUUGCUCAUUACAGAGCUCAAAGUGACAAUAAAUGGGACUAAAUACAUUUAGACAGAACUCGAGGCGUUUUGUCAAAGCGGUUUAUCCUGUGUGAAAACAUGGAGACGAACGGGAAAGUAACCCCUCACUCGGUGAAGCGGUGGCAGCUCCGCGGGACGGACUGUGAGCCGCAGCGGGUCCGCAGCCUGCGCUCCGAAACCUGCUUCAGCACUUGGACUCCUCUGAACAACAAGACGAGUAACCUGCAGUUGUUUGAGGAGAGGAUGAACCUUGUGCUGCACUGGUUUGACCUGUGGACAGACAGACAGAGGAAGCACCUGCUGCACUCUCUGCUCACACGCUGCACCAAGUCACAGCUCAAGUGCUGCAGGGAUUUGCUGAUUGAGACCGUUCCUGUGACUCAAGUGGACUUCACAUCGGUGCUACCUCGGUUCCUGUCCCUCUAUGUGAUGUCAUUUCUGUCCCCUCGUGACCUCUGUUCUGCCGCCCAGGUCAACUGGCACUGGAGGAUUCUUGCCGAGCAGGACUGUCUCUGGGCUGGCCGCUGCAUCGCUAGAGGCUGGUUCCUCCCCUGCACUCCAGGAGAGAAAGAAUUUGGAGCAUGGAAAAACCACUACGUCUCCUGCGUCUCCACGCUGGACUGGCUCACUCCCCGGGAGGCAGCCGAGCAGUACGGGACCCUAAACCAACAAAGCGCUGGGAUGACCGAGGAGGAGGAGGAGAGGAGGAAGGAGAGGAGGAUCAGGCAGAUGAUCAGAGACAAACUACAGGAGGAGAAGAGACAAUCUCUGAGAAGCAGGAGAGCCUGUGGCGGCUACACAAAGCCAGAAGGUGCCAGAGGUGGAAGUACCCAGACAGGAAGGCCCAGCUCUGGAAUAACAUUCAGCUCUUGGCCCUCUCUCUCCUGGCCUCAGAGGACUGUUGGGUCUUCCAGCCUCUGUCUCAGCCUGGACAGAGGACAGCCCAUGACUGAAGCUCAGAGCUCGGAGAGACUCCAGGCCUCCAGUCUGAGCAGUGAAAGACUGAGCAAAGCCAGUGGAGAGCUGUCUUCCUUCACCAGCAUACCUACACUGCCACGUACAGUGUCACCCAUCUAUCUGACCACUUCUGCCCUCUUACUGCUCAUCUCCAACAGAAUCCCUGCCUAUGAGCUGGUGCUGAGUGGUGUGAAGGCAGGAGUGAUGGUGGUUCUCUACGAUCACAGAGGGACUCUCACAGCUCUCUUAGCCCAGGUAGAGAGGGCUAUUUCCGGGCGGAGAGCUCAGAGGCUGGGUCUGCUGGCUCCGGGAGGAACAGAGGAAAUCCAUCUGCUUCACAGUAGUAGCCUAUCAGAGAGGACUCUACUGGCCCCCAACCACAGAGAAUUCUGGGAAAAACUGUGUGGCUGGAUAGCGCCAUCUGAGGAGGGAGGAGGGAUUGACAUCUUUUCCCCGCUGGCAGCAUCUGCAUCAGGAGUGGCUCUCAUCCAGACUCUCUCUACCCUGACUGGCCUGGAGGUUCAGGCGCCAGUGGGUCUUGCCACCGGAAGUUUCCAGAACAUCCUGAGCGAGUGGUCUGACGGCAGUGUGUGCACCGCCCUCUUGAACCGGCACCCAGCAGCCCCGGCUCUGCAGUUCGUGUGUGAGAGCGUACUGCAUGGCUGGUGCAGGCAGGCUCAGUGGAUGGAGGAGGCUCUGGGGGAGCUGAUGGGCUCCCUAGGGCCACAGCUACAGCGGCUGAGCCUCCAGGCCAGGGGCCGAGCUCUGGGUAAUUUUUUGUGGGAGAGAAUUCGCCUUGAGGAGCUUUGUGUGUCCAAAGAUGUAAGCGAGGCUCUGACUGAGGGACUCACAGCGCUCACAAGACAGGAAGAGACCAGACCUUUGGAGUUUCUUGCCAUGUUCCUGAAAAGAUGGCAUGAGGAGCAGGAGGGAGAAGAGAGUAGCGGGGAGGAAAAGAGGAGAAACAAAGAAGCAGAUGAUUUCUCCUUAACACCACAUAGCUUGCAGCUUGAGCUACCACAGACAGCGUUAGAUUGGAGAGGUGCAGCUGCCAGAGAGCUCCUCCACAGCGAGUGUCUCUAUCUGGGGAGACUGAGCGCUGUGCUGAAGGUGUACAAGGAGCCUCUUACUGCAGCUCUCAACUCCAACAGAGCCAUUCUCAGCCACGCUGACAUCCACAUUGUCCUCAGCCCUGUCAAACAAAUACUGGAGCUCAACAGAGUGUUUCAGGUAGAUUUACAGACCAGGCUGCAGCAGUGGGGUGCAGAGCAGUGUGUUGGAGAUGUGUUUGUAAAACUGUGCUCAAAACUCAGAGUCUACAGCAACUACCUCAACAACUACACCACCGCCCUCCGUACCAUAGACAAGUGCAGUGAGACCAAGCCUCCAUUUCGGGCUUUCCUGAAGAGAGCUGACAGAACUCUUGCAACACACAUGCUGAGCCUGCAGGAGCUGCUGCUGUGUCCAGCGUGGAGAAUACAGGAGUAUGUGACUCUGCUUCAAGCUCUGUCUUUACACACACACCCCAGUCAUCCCGACCACACACACCUGUCCUCUGCCCUCAACACCCUGCUGAGAUUCAGGGAAUUUGUACAAAAGUUGAAGCGUAACUCAGAGAGAGACAGGCUGAUGGAGGAGACGCAGCAGAUGAUUCAAGGCUGUCCAAACCUCAGCGAAGGGAACAGGCAGCUGAUAACAACUCAGGAUGCUGCUUUGCUCAGGAGCCCUGAUGAACAGAUACCAGACUCACUCAGGACCUUUGAGCAUGUGUCUGAUGUGGGCCUGUUCCUGUUCAACGACGCUUUGGUGUUGACGUGGCGAAAUGUGCAUCACACACCUUUCACGCUGGCUCACCAGAGCACACACACAUUCCUGGCCUCUGUGGCCCUCACCAGCCUGGCUGUCAGAGAGAUCGCACAUUCACGCUAUGUGUGUCAUGCCUUUGUCCUGGAGGGUCCUUGUCGUUCCUGGGUUUGUGCCACAGAAAGAGGUGAGGAGAGAGAGCACUUCCUGUCUGUGCUGCGUUCGGCCAUAAACUCUGCUCUGACAGAACAUCAGUGAAGACACCGUGACAACACACCAGCAAGACAAGAGGAGGUUUGGACACCACUGUUGGCCCUUUUUUACAUGAAAAAGUUUUUUGUUUGUUCAUUUUUAAGUCAGGAAGUGUCUCACUUCUACAUUAAAAGUGUUUACAGAGGUAAUCCUUUAGUCACAAUAAUUACCUAAAAAUAACAUACAGUAAUUUUUUUCUUCAAGCUUCUAACCCAAAAUCAGUUUUCUACUUGCCCUUGUACAAAUUACUUUAUUCAUUUGCAGUUACGAAAUACAACAAAGACAACAAAGACAUGCCUUUGAACAAUGACCCUGUUUUAUCCACCUUGCUUUUUCAAAAUUGUGGCAAACUGGACAAUACAAAGUUGGAAUUUUACCCACAUCCUCUAAGGUCACCAAACUAAACUCCUGUUUCCAGGAGAACUGAAAUCCUCACUUGUGCCUCAGCUCAUAAAGUUUGUCUUUAACCGCUGCCAUUUUGCUGUGAACGCCCCAUCAGUACUGCGCAACUGCAACUUCCACCAACGAUGCAAUGUGACAUACUUUAUUGUCCCUGUAGGAAAAUUCAUCUUGAACCCUGGAGCUACACAAGUAUUGCUGCCUUACAAUAACAGUCCAGAAGAAAUGGCCUACAUGACAUUUAACUUACCCCAGAUAUUAAUGCAAUCCUUAGUUGAGCCCUGCAUUACAUCAACCACAAUCUUUGUUACUGUAAAUUUCAACACAUACAUCUUCACAACUUCCGAAAACCAAGUGUCAACUCAGCAUCAACUGGACAUGUUUAACCCCCGCCACAGAUUGUAAAACAAAAACAUAUUUUGAUAUACAUGAUAUUUGAACAAAAUACUGUUGAAUAAAGAGCUAAAUAAAUCACAAUGAAUUAAAAUCUAGUCAUUAUUCUGUACUCUUGCACUGUAAACCUGUUGUAGUUUAAGUUAAAAAACUUUUAGUUUUACUAACUUUUUUUUUUAUGAAUAGUUUUGCAGUAUAUUUCCAUAUGAAUCGCAGUGGAUAUUAGAAAGUGAUUUGUGUUCUGUUUGCUGGUUCUGUUCUGUUCUGUCCUGUCUUGUCUUUUGUGUGGAGUAACUGUGUGUUAAGCACUCUCUGUGUACCUGCUGUGCACUGAGAAUAUUGUGGGAUUUAUUUCUAUUGUAAUAAUACAUCCCCAUGAAAACAUAUUGCCUUCUGCUAAAUAUGUUCUGGAGCUGACCCUGUAAAAUUACAAGUGAAUUUUGCUUCUCUGCAUUCAUUCCUUUGACAUUAAACCAGUAGCAUUAGCUAAAAAAUCCCAGCAUUACAAGUAGCAUUCCUCUUUGACAAUCAGCCCUUUAAAUGUCAGCUUUAAAUAUAAUAUCUCAAAAAGUAAUCGCCGUUUGUGUUUCCAAACAAAUAUCAUAUCAUAUUCAUUGUUGUUCCUUGUUAUAUCUCCAAUUAUUGGCAUGCAUGCAUGUUUAUUCCAAGUUUUCAGUGUUAAUAAAUCUUCUG